AACAACAACAACAACAACAACAACAACCGCCACCACAACAACAGCGUACCACUUUUACACACACCACAAACAGCAACGAAAACAACGACGAUGAGUGGACUGCAGUGGAGCAUCAAGAACGGCGACCUGGACGCUGUGAAGACAGCCGUGGAGGGAGAGAACGUGGAUGUGAACGUUGAGCUGACUGGCGGACGCCUGCCACUGACCGUGGCGGCUGACAUGGGCCAGACAGAUGUGGCAAAGUACCUCAUCGAGAAGGGCGCAGACGUCAACAAGAAGGACGGCCACGGUAUCUCUGCACUCCUUGCCGCUGUCUGGGAAGGCCACCCAGACGUUGUCAAAGUUCUCCUCGAUGCAGGCGCCGACAAGAGCGUGAAGGCACCGGACGGCAGCUCGCUCAUCUCCCAGGCCGAGGACGCUGCUGUCAAGAGCCUUCUGCAGGGCUGAAACACCCACGCACAUACCGCCACCACAUCUUUCUGCUUGUUGGCGUGGUGUGACUCCUGUUCUUUGUUUGCUGUGUUGCUGCUGUUCCUGUUGUUCUUGCCCCCGUUCUUCUUCUCCUCCAUCUGACGUUUGUUCCCCUGUUGCGUGUCUCGUCCACCAUCGCCUUGUGCCUGACCUGGUAUGGUGUGACCACAGACUGUGUACGCUGCGUUGUGUGAUG